AUGCUCAGUGUCUUCGUCAAGGAGAAACAAGACGACUGGGACAAACACCGUUCUGCUAGGCACGAGAGCACGAAGACAACACCAAACAUGCUCAUGCUUGGCAGGGAAAUUGGCCUACCCUUGGACUUGGUGGUUGAAGCCCCCAAAGAAAACCACCUCAGGGCGAGCCAACCGCACCAGAAGAGGUGCUAUGACCUCAAGCUCCACGGAAGCGGCUACGGGCUAGGGAGUCUGGUCUGGUUGUACACCCCCCAACGGAAGCCGGGAAGAGCUCCAAAACUACAAUGCUGGUGGGACGGGCCAUUCAUCGUGCUCUCAAAGAUCGAUGAUGUGACAUACCGAAUCCAGAAGUCGCCUCGCUCCAAGCCGAAGAUGGUACAAUACAGCAGCUUCAAGCCCUACCUUGGGGAAGUACAGGCGGACUGGUGGACCAAAGCUGUGCACGUGGCUGAAACUGAACCUCAAUCCCUGGACGGGGAAGAAUUGUCAACCAGGGGGGACGUAGAACCUGCCGGCCCGCGACAGGAUAGAAGCGGUGAGCUGUAA